AUGUCAGAUAAGAUCAUCAAUCCUUCUGUGCCAACUCUUGGCUCACUCACGAUCAAUGAUUCAAGCACUUCCGGGUUUGGAUACAAUCCCUCAGUUGGACCCUCAUCAAAUGCCAUUACAAAGGAAACAUCCUCGGCUCUAUUGAAUAAACGGGCCGUUCUCACGCCAACUUCUUCCAAUUCUAUAUACGAUCGUUCACUUUCCACCAAAAAGAGUCAGGGUAUCAGCGUCUCAUCUCUAGCGUUUCUCUUUUGCGAGAUCGUGAGCUGGGCGCGCCGGCUGUCCAACAGCAUUCUGGACCUUGAAAAUCGCUUAAAUGGACUCGGAUAUCUGAUAGGGCAAAAGUAUUUGGAGCUCGUGAAGCUUCGAGAGGGUAUGAAGUACGGGAAGAGAGAGAAUAAGAUUCUAGAGAUCUUGCAGUUUAUCCAUGGUCCUUUGUGGAGAGCUAUCUUUGGUCGCACCGCGAAUGACUUGGAGAAGUCGCAAGACGUUGAUGAUGAAUAUAUGAUUAUCGACAACACGCCGCUCAUAUCGAAGUUUAUCAGCAUUCCCAAGGACUACGGCAAUCUUAAUUGUUCUGCGUUUGUUGCUGGUAUGAUUGAAGGUGCGCUUGAUUUGUCUGGGUUUCAUGCACAUGUUGUUGCACACUCAUCCCCGAUUGAGGGUCUCCCUCAACGCACAGUUUUCUUGAUUAAAUUUGAUCCUCUGCUUUUUACAAGAGAGAACAUCCAUUUCAGUUGA